CGGGCACAGUCAUUAUUGCGCCAGUCUGACACCCGCCAGCGAUCUUCCUCGUCGCGACUUUCCCGAAUCUUUUCCGAGACUUUGUCGCGGUAGCGAACAACGCGUCAGCAAGAGCGUGCAUGCCAGAGGAGAACGGCCUCGUGGUCACCUCGUGAGAGCGCUGACUAUCGCGUCACGGUAACCCGGCGUGUGUACGAUGAGACUCUUCUCGGAGAACGAGGAAAAUGUGACGUGAGAGACUGACCUUCGGCGGGUCCUUCGGCGAGUGCGACACGUUCUGCGACGCAGUCAGUAACGCGCGCGGGCGCGGGUCAUCCCUGCAAAGUGACCGUCGCGAUGAGGAGGUUUCUGUCGACGGCAGCGGUGUGCUGCUGGUUCCUGGUGGCGCUCGGUGUCGGCCAGGUCGCCGGACAAUUAUUGGACACGGAAUUCCAGCCGACGGUGACGGCAACGUGCAAGGGCGGCUACAUGACGAUACGCGUCAAUCUCAACCAGAGUUUCGUAGGCGCGAUCCACGCUCGAGAUCAUCGAACCCCGCAGUGCAUGGUGUCCGGCAACGGCACCACACACGCCACCCUGGGCAUCAACCUAUUCGCGUCGCAGGACAGUCCCGAGUACUGCGGAGUCCUCGUGAACAACCACACAGAAGAACGUUCCAUUCCCAUUGCUGUGAGAAUACAUAAAACUUUGGAGCUGGCGGAUGACAAGUUUUAUGUUAUUACAUGCGGAAAAGCGGGCUUCAAAAAUGCCAAAAAUGAAACUUCGCUGGUCUCCUUGCGCCUACUGGAUGAAGGUGUCAGAGUACAAGAAGCUAUAUACGGUCACAACUACACUCUGCGUGCCGAGAUUUCACGCCCAGACGGAAUGUACGGGAUCCGAGUCAAGAAUUGCUUCGCAUUCAACAAGCUCAAUUCCAGUGUACAGCUUAUAGACGAGAGAGGCUGUCCUGUGAAAGUUCGGAUGACGAAAUUCAUAUACGAUCGAAGCACCGGUAUAGCGGAUGCCACAUUGUUCUCGAUGUUCCGGUUUGCCGACAGUUCAGAGGUGCAUUUCCAAUGUGACAUCGCCGUGUGCAGAGGAAGCUGCGGUACCCCUGUAUGUGAAGGAGACAAAGAGGAACUGAUAAAGGGUGGCUCCUCUACUAACGGACAAAGUGUUAGUAGCGAAGAAGGAGUACUACUUGCCGGAACAAGCGUCUUUGUUCUCCAACCAGGCGAAAAGCGAGUUGUACAAACAUUAUAUGAUGACGGCAGCGUGCACCCGCUAUGGCUCCUAUGGCUGGCGGUAGCGCUCGGGAUAUUAUUCCUCAUCAUGCUUAUUAUCAACAUAUUCCUAUGUUCGGCAAUGACCUGUAGCUGCACCCGAACCGACAUUAUCGAGAAGGAGCCGUCAAUCAUCGAGGAUUACGAUCCAUACCGCAGCUGGCACGGCUCUCAAUACGGGUCGAGGUAUUCGUUAAACGGAAAGCAGGGAUACGCCUCCGGCGGAUCUACCAUGAAUUCUACGAGGUCGAUAUCGACGAAUAGCGAUCACUAUGCAAUAGUACAUUCCCGGCCAGGAAGCAGAUAUUCUGGUCCUGGACAAAAACAUCAUCAUCAUCACAGAGGACCGCCGUCCAACAUUGGUUCACAUUAUUCCGGGAAAUGAUGUUUCCCUUAGCUUCAUUUUUUAUAAAUAUAAAAAAAAAACUAUAGAAUUUCAUUGUUUUCAUUAACGUUACUUUAAAUAAACACGAAUUUUACGCGCCAUUAGUGGCAUUAUUUCAACCGCACGAAUGACAAGGAUUUGAUUUAAACGUAAAAUAUCGCCGAUAUAAUUUUAAAAUCAUUUUUACAUAUCAAACGAUAUAUCAGCACUUUCUCGAUCGCAUUAUUAAGAGAUAGGUUUAAGUCGAUUAUCAUCGUAUUUGCUGUGCAUUGAGACAAAUAUAAUGAAGAAAUUAUUACAACAUAUAAAUCGGUUAUUUAAAAAUAAUAUACAUAAUACAUAAUAGCUUGUCCAUUAUUAGCAAUGCGCAUAUAUUUCACGUGUGAUUUCACAUAAUAUAUCAAGAGAGUGUUAAUAUAUAAAGUUCGAUAUCUAGUAUGAGAUGAAUGCUAAUUUUUUUGCAACAAUCUGAAAUUUUCCGUCCAUGUGAAAAAUGGAAUAAAAUUAUGUGAUACCAAUAUAUUUUUCCGUUAUCUUUACAAGAAAGUUUUUAUUUUAUGCUCUUGCACUUGUUAAUAGUAUCAACGACAAUAAGCAACGCAUCGAUCAAUUCGAUAAAUGCGGAUCAAGUGUAUUAAUGAGAUAAAAUUUUCUAUGGAUAAGUGCGAUAUAUAAAACUGCGCAGACAUCGGUAUUUUUAUGUUUAGCUUCAUCAUUCGUGAGACGAUUCUCUUGUGUGCUAGACUGCGUAUAUAUGUAUCAUAAUAUAUAUAUAUAUAUAUAUAUAUAUAUAUAUAUAUAUAUAUAUAUAAUAGUCAUAAGCAUAGGCAUUAGCAUUUAUAAAAUUGCGCAAAAAAACAUUGAUCCUAAUUAAGAAAUAUACUAGUUAAAUGCUUUUUGUACAUAAAUCUAUUAAUCUAAAAACACAAGUGCCUUUUAUUUCUACCGGCAAACAUUUUUGGAAAUCCAAAUAAGAAUUCAAAUCUUCAGUAAUUUAGGAAUAUUUUUCUAUGAACACAAUCGAGAAGAUAAUAAAAACAGCAUUAAAAUUAAAAGCGUAUCAGAUUAAAAUUGAAAGCAUAGCCUAUUAGGAUUAAAAAUUUUUUUUAGAAUAACGUUGGGCUUAUCACUCUUAGCUUAUGAUAAUAACACAAUCACACGAUUUUUUUUCAAACUUUGUUUAUAUUUUCAUCCACAGUGUUAUUUUCAUCAAUUAUGUUUUUUUAUUGAUGUGUGUCUCAGUUCGCCGUAAUAAUGCAUCAUGCCAUUAACUAAUUCGCUAGCUAGAUUCAUGAUCUUUUUCAGAAAAACAAAUCAAUAAUAUAUAUAUAUAACUUAUUUUUGCAUAUUAUAAUUUCUGAGAUGAUAUAAAUCUUACGACAAUAAGUGUAUGCAUCAAAUAAACGUAUUAUUAAAUGAUCACCGUUACUUCUAAUAAUAAUAUUUUAUUCCGAAGCGUGCACACAUCUUAUUCUUCUCGCGUUCCCAUUUUUCCAGAAAUAUUUUCUUCCUGCUUUCAUAUUUGAUUACUUUCUUUUUUUCUCUUUCUCUCUCUUUCUGAUAAUUUUCUAACUUACCUUUUUAUUUUAAGUGGACAGAGUAUUAUGUAGGAGUUAUAUUACAUCUUCUUUACAAAGCAUAUUCAUUACAUUCAUUUUGCAAAGUAUAAGUCGGACGGCUAUUAUGUAGAAGAAAUUCAGAAUUUUCUCUUGUGUGAAAAUAUAGGAAUGAAUUGCUCUAAAAUUUUUUUGAAAGAAAAAAAGAAAUUAUAUACAUAUAAUGGAAAUAUUAAAUGAUAGAUUGCUAUUUUUUAAAACGAUUUAUUAUUAAAAAUACAUUUUUAGAAUAAAAUAUACGAGAGAGUAAUCCGCGUAGACUGUAGUAUGCACUUAUAUGCAUCUGUACAUGAGCAUAAUUCUCUCUUUCUUUCUUUCUUCCUCUCUCUCUCUCUCUCUCUCUCUCUCUCUCUCUCUCUCUCUCUUCUUUUCUAUCUUUCGUUUUUUAAACAAACUCUAUUUAUAUAAGAUAUGAAAAAAACUCAUUUUUUUUUGCUUAGAAAUGGUAACUGCCGCUAUGUAUACGGAUUUAGUAAAUUGAAUAAUUACACAAGGAAAAGGGAUCUCAUAUUACUAGCUAUAGGAAUACUAGAAAAAAAUCUUCAGUAUUACAAUAUUUACAACACAAUUAAUGUAUCUGCUUGAAGAAUUAAUUAGAAUGUAAACUAUUUUUCUUCGCUAUAACGAGUGCAUUGCUUUUUAAUAAGAUAAAUUUCAAAUUAAAAAGCCAAAUUAGACAAUAAUAUGCGUGAGUAUGCAAAAAGUUCAUUUCAAAAUUUUAUCACUAUUAAUUAUUCUUGACAGAAAAGAUUUUCGAUGAAAAACAUUAAAGAGAGUUGUUUGGAAAAAUGUAUGGAGACUUUUAUGAAAUUCUUUUAUAAAUUAAUCGUAUAUAUAAUCAUCUAUUUAGCUAUCUUUCAAAAUUUGAUUAGCACGAUAGAAAAGUUAAUAUCAUACUUUACACACAAGUGUGAUGGAGCAAAUAUACCGUCGAUCAAAUUAUAGUAUCACGCAGUAUAAAAGACAUAAAUGUGUUUUCGAAUAGUAUAUAACUUAAUUAUCUCUCAUCGCUUUUUAUAAUAAAAUCUCAUAAUAUCUAUUAAAUAUAAUCAUCAUAUUUUUUUUCAUAAUUUUAUAAUUAUUAGAUUUAUUGCGAAAACAUAUAUCAUAUGUCUGAUUGUCAAUGUCGCAAUUGACCUGAUUAUCUCCAAUGUGUGUAUAACAAUACGAAUAUCAUGAUCAUCUCCGAACUGAAGCUCUAUUUGUAAGUACUGUGCACUUCUCAUUGUGCCUGCGAAUGACGAAGCAUGAUUGAUGGUCGAUGAUGAAA